AAGAUGGCGGAUAAUCUCCCUUCGGAGUUUGAUGUGAUCGUAAUAGGGACGGGUUUGCCUGAAUCCAUCAUUGCGGCUGCAUGUUCAAGAAGUGGCCAGAGGGUUCUGCAUGUUGAUUCAAGAAGCUACUAUGGAGGAAACUGGGCCAGUUUUAGCUUUUCAGGACUAUUGUCCUGGCUAAAGGAAUACCAGGAAAAUGGUGACAUUGUGAAUGAAAGCUCUGCAUGGCAAGAGCAGAUCCUUGAAAAUGAAGAAGCCGUUGCUCUUAGCAGGAAGGAUAAAACCAUUCAACAUGUGGAAAUAUUUUGUUAUGCAAGUCAGGAUUUGCAUGAAGAUGUUGAAGAAGCUGGUGCACUGCAGAAAAAUCACGCUUCUGUGACAUCUGUGAACUCCACAGAAGCUGCAGAUUCUGCUUGCCUGCCUACAGAAGAUGAGUCAUUAAGCACUACGAGCUGUGAAAUGCCUGCAGAACAAACUCCAAGCAGUGAUCCAGAGAGUGCUCUAGAAGUAAAUGAUGUCGAAGCAACAGGGGAGAAGGAAAACCAUCGUGAUGAUAAAACUUGUGUGCUGUCAACUUCAGAAGAGGAAACAAGUGAAAAUGUGCCUCCAGUAGAAGACACGGCAGAACAACCAAAGAAAAGUAGGAUUACCUACUCGCAGAUCAUUAAAGAAGGCAGGAGAUUUAACAUUGAUUUGGUAUCAAAGCUGCUAUAUUCUCGAGGAUUGCUAAUUGAUCUUUUAAUCAAAUCUAAUGUUAGCCGGUAUGCAGAGUUCAAAAAUAUUACCAGGAUUCUUGCAUUUCGAGAAGGAAGAGUGGAACAGGUUCCUUGUUCCAGAGCAGAUGUCUUUAACAGCAAACAACUUACUAUGGUAGAAAAGCGAAUGCUAAUGAAGUUUCUUACAUUUUGUAUGGAGUAUGAGGAACAUCCUGAGGAGUAUAAAGCCUACGAGGAGAUUACAUUUUCUGAGUAUUUAAAAACUCAAAAAUUAACCCCCAACCUCCAAUAUUUUGUCCUGCAUUCAAUUGCAAUGACAUCGGAGACAGCCAGCAGUACCAUAGAUGGUCUCAAAGCUACCAAAAACUUUCUUCACUGCCUUGGCCGGUAUGGCAACACUCCAUUUUUGUUUCCUUUAUAUGGCCAAGGAGAGCUCCCUCAGUGUUUCUGCAGGAUGUGUGCUGUGUUUGGUGGAAUCUAUUGUCUUCGCCAUUCAGUACAGUGCCUUGUUGUGGACAAAGAAUCCAGAAAAUGUAAAGCAAUCAUAGAUCAGUUUGGUCAGAGAAUAAUCUCUAAGCAUUUCCUUGUGGAGGACAGUUACUUUUCUGAGAACACAUGCUUACAUGUGCAAUACAGGCAGAUCUCCAGGGCAGUCCUGAUUACAGAUAGAUCUGUACUAAAAACAGAUUCAGAUCAACAGAUUUCCAUUUUGACAGUGCCAGCAGAGGAACCAGGAACUUCUGCCGUUCGGGUCAUUGAGUUGUGUUCUUCAACAAUGACAUGCAUGAAAGGCACAUAUUUGGUUCAUUUGACUUGUACGUCUUCUAAAACAGCAAGAGAAGAUUUAGAACCAGUUGUGCAGAAAUUGUUUACUCCAUAUACCGAAAUGGAGAUAGAAAAUGAAGAAGUUGAAAAGCCGAGACUUCUGUGGGUUCUUUACUUCAAUAUGAGAGAUUCUUCAGACAUCAGCAGGAACUCUUAUAAUGAUUUACCAUCCAACGUUUAUGUCUGCUCUGGCCCAGACUGUGGUUUAGGAAAUGAUAAUGCAGUCAAACAGGCACUAAAGAUCCAGAAUUGACUAAAACCCAGUCGUUGUCAUCCUUGGAGGAAGCACUGUCUAGUAAAGGAGAAAAACAUGUAAACAAAUGACGAUGCAGUGUAAUAUAUGCAAUAACAGAAUAAUAUCCAAAGUCCAGAAGUAAUACAGAGGAGCUAUGAGUUCUAUCUAGGAGUCAGAGAACCUUACAAGAAGGAUAUAAAAGAUGAGUAUCCAAAUGGAAGACAUCCAAAUGGAAGACAAUCAAAUCGAAACAUUCCAGGUGUUAUAGCAUCUGCAUCAGCCCAGGUUGUAAACAUCAUGGUGUGUUUAAGAAAGUACAAAUAAACAGGUAUUAAUGAAGCGAAAAGUUUGAAAGGUGGCGAUGGGUUAAAGUAGAAGAUGAGAAGACCAGACAAGGUGGGCCUGAUGGGUUAUGAAUGCUGUAGUAGGGAUCUUGAAUUUUUAUCCUGUUAGAAAUGAGGAAUCAUUGAAGAGUUUUAAGCCAGAAGGUGGCAUAAACAGAAUUUCAUUUUCCAGAGACUGCUCUGAGGGCAGCAUAGAGAUGGAUUACAUAGGGAACCCAAGAGGCAAGGUGACCAGUCCAGUUCUGAGAUGUUGCAGUUGUCUAGGGGAAAGAUGGUGCAUGCCUGGGCUAUGUCUGUAGGGAAGGAGCACAUGGAGGCAAGAACUAGGAGAUAAAACUGACGGGAUUUGGCGAUUGAUUGCAUGCAGAGAGUGAAGGGGAGGGAGAACUUCUACAGACAAACAAGGUAGAGAUAAAAGACAAAAAGACCAUUAGAGGAACUGAAGUGGGAGGUAGAGGCUCCGUCUGAGCUCAGUCCUCCUGCUUCUAGGGGCUAAGUAUCUCCAGCAAAGAUGUAUGGUGAGUUCCUGGGGUGGAAAGCAAAGCAGGCCUCUCAAAUAUUUAAUUUCAAAAUAUCCAUAAUAAAAUGGCAUGUCCAAACAUAUACCCUUGAACUAUACUCAAGAGGGAAAGAAGCUGUUUUUCUCUCCCUGUCCCUUCUUUCAACUCCACAUCAAAGCUCAAAAGUUUCUGUUUACUACCCCUCCACCCAUUCCCAAAGAAUAUCAGUUUUAAUCACCUGAUGCAGGAGUCGACUAACUGUAGGUGGCCAGAUGGUGAAUCAUUUAGAUUUUGCAGCCGUUAUGGUCUCUAUUGCAGCUAUUCAACUCUGCCAUUGCAGUGCAAAAGCAGCUAUAGACAACAGAUAAAUGAAUGAGAGUGACUGUGUUCUAAUAAAACUUUAUUUACAGUAACAGGCAGCAGGCUGGAUUUGGCCUGUGGGCCAUAGUUGUCAACUCCUGGCCUAAUGGAUGACCCUGUAUGUACAUCGGGAAGAAGGGUUGAAGUGGUACAGAAGGCUAAUAGUCUUUAAAACAAGCAUAAAUCUUAAAACCCUUUAAUGACUUUCUUUACCAACACUACAGAGUGUAAGCUCCCUAGCAUGGCAGGGACCCUUAUCUAACAAUGAGCUUUAUGCAUCUAAAUAAAAGUAGCAAUAUGUUUGGAAUAGAAUAAGAAUGCUACUUGCCACAUUUACUUUCGUGUGUGUGUGUGUGUGUGUGUGUGUAUUUGUUGUUGUUAAUUAAGGUCACAUUUACUUUCUUAUUCUUUUACCCUGCUAAACUAAGCUCAGCUUAAAUCUUGACAUUUUAACUUAUGUUAUUAUUAAUAACAAUGAUAACAGCUACCAUAUACAGAGGCUUACUCUCUGCCAUUUUGUAGACAAGGCAAGCAAGGCUCAAAAGUUGAGUAAGCAUUCGCCAAAUCACAUUGCUGUUAAGUGACAGAGCCAGCAUUUGCACAUGGCUGUCUACUCAGUCCAUGAUCUUGAACACUGCUAUACUUCUUAAAGCCCCGGGGGGGAGAAAAUUAUACUAGAAAAGCAAAUAGUUGAGCAGACAAUGAAGAAUUUUCUUGAUUUGAACAAUGACUUGUUAAAAUUAUUAUAUGCUAAAUUGUACAGAAAGAAUAUUAAGGGAAAUUGUAUUUCUGUUGACAUGUAGAAUGAAUGUCCUUAAAUUCUCAACUAUAAAGAAUCUGAUCAAGUACUGAUAUACUUGAAGGGUGGACCUGAAUGCAUGUAUAGAAGUAGGAGGAGAAAAGUCAUGCAAUUCUGAAAGCAGAUUUUUAGAAGAUCAUAUAAACUGGAUAAAGUUCUAUAACUUAAAGAAAUUUUUAAGGGUUGAUACUUUAUUUUUUUAAUAGUGCCAAAAGGCACAUACGAUGUCCAAAAACUAUUGUGUCCUUUCUUCCCU